AUGAAGGUGGAAGAUCAGUCUAGUCCCAAGGACGAGGAUAUUCUCAGCCAAACGCAAGAUCCACUGGAAAGAAGGAGAUUGCAGAACCGCCUUUCUCAAAGGAAUCACCGUAAGAUAUUCCGAAAAGAGAAGAUAGGUUUGGAAUUGACAGAACUAGGUCGUAAGAUCAGAGAACGCAUUGCUAAGCUUCAAGAGCGCGUCAUCGCCAACGAACUCAGAGCGGCAGCUGCUCUCAAUGGAUGGGAUCAGGCGUAUAAUCCAUCGCUCUUUCCAAGGCCUCACUCCACUUCCUCGGAAAAUGAGCUCGGGUUUACCUCGCGAGAUGUCUCGCCUUUAAUCCCAGACCAACGUACUUCAUUCAUGCCGUCAUAUCCUUUCUUCGCGCACUCGUGGCCAAACGACUUCAAUACAUUCCCACCAAAUGAAUAUCCUGGUGACCUAUCCCAAUUCACUGGAGUCAGUGAAGCAAGUCCAAUAUCUCCUACCACAAGCGCCCCAGCACAACUAAACCACAGCAUGUCACCGCCAACUUCUAGUCUUAGCGAGACAUACCGGGAAAUGAUGGACACACCGGAGACUUUGAUAGACUCCUUGUCUACAUCAGCGCCCAAUCAGCCGCUGUACUACGUUGCGACUGGUCAGUACUCCAGCCACAUGACAGAAGCUGCAUUGCCUCAAAUAAUUCAGGUCAUCAAUGCCAUGUCUCCCGAAUACAAAGUGAUUGUGCUGGUUCCUCCAGAGUCUCCGGCAUCGGCUGCUAUGCCUUCGUUCCCUUCGCCUCUCUCUCUCUACGGUGCUAGUACUGGCGCUGGUCAUAAUGGGUUGGAUCAUGGUCCUGCAACACAGCAGCCCAACUCACAAAACAUGGGUUGUCCGUGUUAUCCUCAUAAUACCCACACUGCGCCUGCUGCGCAAUCUGCUUCAAGGCCGUGGAUGGGCGGUGGCUCAUAUGCACAAACUUGUACUUUGCACAAGACGGCAAAUCCAGUCCCUCCAAGGGGGGCGUUUCCGGUUAGGAUGCUAUGA